AUGGUUCUGAAGAUUUUCCAUUUUCUAUUCGUGCCAUCUCGCUGCUUAAACAUGAAUCGUUCGUUGAAGGAUAUCGCUGUGGGUCGUAACGCCAGCGGCAAUGUGUUCAGAUUAUCUAAAAAUAUUGAACAUUGCGUUUCAAUUGCGGUGGAACAUAUUCAACGUGGAGAUAUAAUCGCUUUACCUACAGAUACAAUUUAUGGCUUAGCAGCUAGUGCUCAAAGCGUUACAGCCAUCCACAAAUUGUACCAGAUUAAAGACAGAAGUUAUUGUAAACCUAUCGCUAUUUGCGUAUCUGAAGUUGGCAAAAUUCAUCAAUGGGGUAAAAUCGAUCAUUUACCCCAAAAAAUAUUAUUCGAACUCCUACCAGGGCCUGUAACAGUGAUUGUAGAAAGAACUAAUAGAUUGAAUCACAAACUCAAUCCUGGAGUGUCUAAAGUGGGUAUAAGAAUUCCAGAUAAUGUAUUUAUUCAAAAAUUAACUUCGGCGUUGGAUGUUCCAUUGGCUUUGACCAGUGCUAAUAAAAGUAAUCAAACGAGUACCGUUACUGUAGACGAAUUUUCUCCACUAUGGAACCAUCUUGGCGCAGUUUUCGAUGGUGGUAAAAUUGGAGACGAUCGCGCGGGUUCAACAAUAGUAGAUUUAUCAGUUCCAGGAAAGUACGAGAUCAUUCGUCAAGGAAGUGAUUUCGACGUAACAAUAGAUAUUCUUAAGAAGUACAACCUUGAAGAGAAUUAAUGUUUUUUAUUGUACGAUGUACGCCUGUAUGUAAAUCAAAAUCAUUUCAUAUUACUUGAUGUCUACUAUGUCUUCAAUUCAAAUAUAUUUUAGUUUUGAUUUUCAA